AUGAUGUCCUUUGUCUCUCUGCUCCUAGUGAGCGUUCUAUUCCCUGCUCUCCAAGCCAAGCAAUUUACAAAAUGUGAGCUGUCCCAGGUGCUGAAAGACAUGGAUGGCUAUGGAGGCAUCACUUUACCUGAAUGGAUCUGCACCAUAUUUCAUAUGACUGCUUAUGACACACAAAGUGUAGUCCAUAACAAUGGCAGAACAGAAUAUGGACUCUUCCAGAUCAAUAAUAAACUUUGGUGCAGGGAUAAACAUAUACAUCAGUCAAGGAACAUCUGUAACAUCUCUUGUGAGAAGUUUUUGGAUGAUGACCUUACUGAUGACAUGAUGUGUGCCAAGAAGAUUCUGGAUAGUGAAGGAAUUGACUACUGGUUGGCCCAUAAACCACUCUGCUCUGAGAAGCUGGAACAGUGGCUCUGUGAGAAGUUGUGA